AGGUUGUAGUCCAAUUCAUUUGCUUUGCUGCUCAGGAAAUGGCUGCUGCUCUCCGCUCGAAAUCAAUAACAAAGAUCACGUCAACUUCAUGAAAUACAUAUCAAUCUAUGCAGUUUUCACAUCUUCUUAAAAUCUGUAAAUAAAGCAUGGAUAACCUAGAUAUACCUUCUGUAAAUAUGGAAAAUCAAUCUGGAGAAGAUAAUAAUUGUACGGAUGAAUAUUACCCAAUUGAUCUUAUGACCUGCCAAGAACCCCAAAUGGAAUUAACAGAAGACAAACGUGACAGUGAUGUGAACCCUGAUCUUCCCCAAAUCUCCAAUGCUUUAGAUAGACCCCUAGAAAUAUCAGUAGAAGAAAUGAUGACUGAAAAUCUUAGUCUAGAUGGGACAUCUCUCACUAAUAUCCUCAGAUGGCCACCAGAAUGGGUGGAAAAUCUUCCCGACAACAAUUAUACCACAGCAAAAGAAACUAAAAUGUGCAAUGAAGAAACAGCUACAUACUGGACAGGAGGUGGGGGAGAUUCAUGUAAACAAGAUAAUAUUUUGACUCCAUCAAUUUUAGAGAGUGAACAGGCAGAUGACAAUAUGAGCCUAGCAAAAAACAAUCCCAGACUUUACUUCCCGCUGGAAAAAACAUUGCGAAAUCUUCAACUUCUUGACCUGAAACUGCAAUAUAACACACGUCAGGCUGCAGGCAACAAAAAUGACUCUGAAUGCAACAAUGACAGCAGCUCCAGCUCUGAUGAAAGUGAAUCCAAGUCAGUAGAAUCUAGUGAACAACAAACUAACCAUGAAGAGACAGAGCGAGCACAAAAUUUGGCACUGAUCACGCUCCUAUCCCAAUGUCAUCUCAAGCUGCAGCAUCUGGAGGAACUUAAACACUAUGCAGGUCACCUGGCACACAGCCUGUGGGAAGCCCAAGAGACCAUUUCAUAUCUAAAGGAAAAUGUUGCAGCAUUACACAGAGAAAAUGUACAGAAGGAGAAUAAAAUCUCUAACUUGUCCAAGGAACUCAUGGAAUCCAAGAGACUUUUAUAUGAGAAGUCUGAAAGAAUCUCAGACAUGAAAGCCAUGUUUAAAAGUCUGGGUGACCAUUUGCAAAAUCGAUCAACUCAGCAAAUGAUUAUCAGUGACCAUUGUGUGGGUAGUUCUAAAUACACAGGUGCAGGCCCGGUAGAGAUAGAACCAGAACUGUCAGGUCUUGGAAAUUCUAAGAUCUGUACUAUUCUAUGACAAAUAUUGUGUUCGUGGGAGAAUUUCAAUUAGAGGGAGCAUUGUAGACAUGAGGAUUAUGUGCUGUUUACUCCAAAUGUGCUACUGAAUUGCACAAUUUUUAAAUAAAAGUUGUGAUCUGAUAGCAAUUUUGUUACUAACUAAAAUCAUUGGACUUAUUUACUAAAUUGAGAACUCAAGUUGAAUGUCAAACAUAAGGCCAAUAUAGUCGAAAUGGAAAAAAAUCUCUCAUCUAUAGUUCUGGUUUGUCUGCUUUGGCAUACAUUUUCAAAUUCGCUUUCAAUUUACUUUGAGUCUCGCUUUGGUAG